GUGUGAAGUGGACCUGACCCGGGUCCCUCUAAACCAGAGACAGUUGUUCACUCUGGAUCUGGGGAGAGGAUGUCUGGUCUUCCUGCUCACUCUGAACACGUGCAGCGGCGUCUCCAUCAGUGACCUCGGUGCCGCUCUGCUCGAUGAUCCGCACGAGCAACAGAACCAGCUCGACCACUACAGUUUGAAGAGGUCUCUGAAGAACCUGCACGAUGUGGGUUUCCUUCAAAUCAAAGUGCUGAAGGCUGCAGAUCUGCUGUCUGCUGAUUUAAACGGGAAAAGCGAUCCCUUCUGUGUGCUGGAGUUAGGAAACGACAGGCUGCAGACCCACACGGUUUACAAGAGCCUGAACCCGGACUGGAACCAAGUCUUCACAUUCCCUGUUAAAGACAUUCAUGAUGUUCUGAUGGUGACCAUCUUUGAUGAGGACGGAGACAAGGCGCCAGACUUCCUGGGGAAAGUCGCCAUUCCUCUGCUCUCGAUCCGCAGCGGACAGCAGACGGUCUACCCUUUGAAGAAAGAGGACCUGAGCGGACUGUCGAAGGGGACCAUCACUCUGGAGCUGGAGGUUAUUUUUAACCCUGUCAGGGCGAGUGUGCGGACGUUCCAGCCAAGAGAGAGGACCUUCAUGGAAGACAAUGCCAAGUUCUCCAAAAAGGCUCUGGCGAGGAACGUGCUGCGUGUUCAGACGCUGUACAGGGCGAUCGUCUCCACGCUGCGCUACAUCAAAAGCUGCUUCCAGUGGGAGAGCGUUCAGAGGAGCCUGCUCGCCUUCCUGGUCUUUGUGGUGACCGUGUGGUACUGGGAGUUCUACAUGCUGCCCUUCUUCCUGGUCCUGCUCAUCUCCUGGAACUACAUGCAGAUCCGGUCCGGCCGCGUCCCUCAGGACCUGCAGCAGCGUCAUCCUCUCAGGCUGAAGGAGAGUAUGGAUGUGGGAGAGGAAGAGGAGGAUGAUGAGAAGUCGGAAAGACGCGGGCUGAUGGAGAAGAUCCACAUGGUCCAGGAAACCAGGACUGGACUCUGGACCUGA